AUAUGUAGCGGUGGCUUUUAACACAGCUCUUGUAAGCAACCAGAGACGGACGCUUAAGAGGAGCCCGAUGUGUUCGUUGACUACGCUAUAGUUUGAAAGCUGUGAGAAAGUGUGUGCCACUAACGCUUAGAGGCAACUUCAGCGUUGCACCUACAAACGAGAACUUGUGUGCUUAGAGUCUUCGGAGACAUAUAUAACCAUGCUUACCACGUUCGUCGCGUUCUUCGCGCUGGCGGCGACGCUUCUGUUUUGGUGGCUGCGAAGGACGUUCACCUUUUGGAAGGACAAGGGAAUAGCGCACCUUUCCUUUUCUCAGUACAUGCGCUUCCUCUACGAUCUUUACACUAAGCCCGUGAACAAAGUGAUCAUCAGUUCCUACACCCAUUACGGCCGUGUUUACGGCUCCUACCAAGGAAUAGCACCAACUCUUGUGGUUGGAGAUCCAGACAUCUUGCGCGAAGUGAUGGUCACCAAAUUCAAGAACUUCCCGGACAGAUCGUUAGCUCAGAGCGUGGGAACCGAAGUUUGGAAGAAGUCCAUCAUGAACGUGUCCGGUGAGGAAUGGAAGAAAGCACGAACGAUCUUUACUCCUGCGCUCACCGCCACCAGGUUGAAGACGAUCUUGAAGAAGGCGAAAAGCGUUCUUAGAAAGAUGACGUCACGAGUCAAGGAUGCGGCAGCUCAGAAUAAGCCCGUGGACUCCAGUGGGCUCGCCACACAUACGGCACUCGACAUCACGGCUGCUUUGAACUACAGUAUUGAUAUCGACAGCGAGAAUGACACCAACCAUCCUAUCUUAAAAUCUCUUGAGGGUAUUUAUAUGAAUGCCGGUGGCUGGAGAGCAGUGAUGUUAUUUCUCAUGCCAAGUUUAUGCAAGAUUCUGAAACCUGAUUAUCCUCCGAAGUCAUCCACUGAUUUGUUCAAGGCGUUCGUCUCGCUGUUGAUUGAAGAUCGGAAGUCGAAGAACAAGGUAGAAGACGACUUCCUUCAAAUCUUUAUGGACGCUGACUACAGCUGGGAAGAUAAUUCACAGAAAAAGCCCGAGAACGCUACAGCAAGCAAAAUGUCACUGGAAGAAAUUACUGCCCAGGGUUUGGUAUUCUUCGUUGCCGGCGUGGAGACAGUCUCGACGGCGCUAAGUACUACAGCUUACUACCUCGCCCUCAAUCCCGAAUGCCAAGACAGAGUCAUUGCGGAAGUAGACAAGGCACUCUCAGAGGGAGAAGUCACUUACGAUUCUCUGCAGGAGAUGCCUUAUCUCGAAGCUUGCUUCAAGGAGGCGUUGAGACUUUGCACUCCCGACUCGAUAACCAUGCGUCUCUGCAAGGAAGAAACUACAGUGGCUGGCAUCCACUUCAAGCCAGGAAUGAGCGUCGACAUUCCCUUGGCUGGAAUCCACCACGAUCCGGAAUACUUUCCUGAACCGGAGAAUUUCAAUCCAGACAGGUUCAUGCCAGAGAACAAGGACGCCAUAAGGCCGUUCACCUACCUGCCUUUCGGAGCCGGUCCACGUAACUGUGUCGGCAUGCGUCUCGCUAUGAUCCAAGCCAAGACAACUCUCGCUUCUCUGCUUCAGCACGUUAGGUUUGAGACGUGCCCUGAAACAAUGAUUCCGCUGAAGUUGAAACCGGCACAAGUGUCUCCUUUUUUCGACGGUCCAUUGUUUCUGCGGCCAGUCACCCGUCAGCCCUCGGCAAACAACGUUUCAGGAUGAUCUCGAAUGUGUUUUGCACAAAAAGCGUGAUUUCUCCUUGUUUACUGAAAAGAAGAAUACAUCGCACGUCGAAACACCCUUAAGUGAUUUUCUUUGCUUUGAUAUGCUCAUGAGGAGUGUGUGUCAAAAGAACCUAUCUGUGUAGAAUACAAGGAGACUCACGCGCCGCAAACGCGACCUUGCGCUGUCUUUUUUUUAUAUAUAUAGGGAGCUUUGAGCAGUUCUCGCAAUAUUCGCUCUCCGCUCUUGCCCAGAAUCACAGCAUGCGAUAUGCAUGCCCGGAAGCACGCAUCUGCAGUCUCAAGAAACAAAAAAAAAAAACGUUUGAUUGCAAAUAGAAACGAUUUGUGCAGAAUAAUUCUCUGUUCGUGCUUAUAAAUCUAAGUCAGAAAUGAAGCACUUAUUGAAAGGAAUUGUUUUCGUAAUAUACAGAAAAGUAACCAAAGGUCUGCUUCACAAAUUGUUGGCACUUAGCCCUGUGUGCUUGUUCUAUACAAGCCCCUGACGUUUUCCGCUACCUUUGUAAUAGUUAUGAGCUGUUCUCUAAAAAAUUGCGCACCGUAAAUAUGGCGCACUUUAGCACCUUCAUGGAGCAUUCGUGAAUAUUUAGGUCAUGAAUCAACAAGACUAUAUUGAGGACCAGAUCGUUAGAAAAACGCAAGAGGAACCAGGCUAUCUACUGUGGCUUGAAUGAUGUUUUGAUUUCUGAUUAUGUGGCGCAGUUGUCGAUAACACCUAACUAAUUCAUUUUCUUUUAAUAGGGACCUUUAUUCCUUUAUUUAACAAUCCCCCGAGCUGCAGUUUUCGACAAAUCCUCUGAAGACGUUGUUCGAGGCUCAGAUUAUUUCGGUAGUGAACUAUUUGGAAAAUAGCUUGCCACCACGUUGUACUGGAUUGAAUAAAGUAUGCCCACGAGAAGUGAGCUCCUUUGUGUAUAGAAAGCUGAUUUCGUUUACAAUAGGAGUGAGAUCGCCCCUAUAUGUAUAUAUCAUACACUGAAAUACUUAUAUCACAAUAUUUGUUUCU